UGCGGGCGAGGAAGCGGGGCAGGGGGUCGAGGCGGGGGCCGGGAAGACGGCUGGGGCAAAGGGGUCGCCAGCUCCUCGCCCACCGCCCUCCCCGUGGGAGAAGAGGAGGAGGGGAAGUGACUGCGGAGUUGAUGAACUUUGCACAUCCAGAAACGCCAUUUUGAUUCCUUUUCCGGAACAAGUUUGCAUCUCUCCUCGUUCUCUCCCCGAAGCCCACCGGUCCCCACCGCAUCAUGUCUGGGAGCCCAGCACCCUGCGGGGCCUGUGAUGCCUGGCCUUCUACGCUUUGGGAUUUGCCUUCUUAUUGUACUGUUUGAUGACCAGCUCUCUCAAAACGGAUCCAUCAUCAGGGUUGUUCCAACUCAUUGUUCCAGAGGUGGUGGCUUUGAGGUGUGACCCUGCUCACAUUUGGGCCCAGUCCUCACAGCUCCUCAGUAGAACAAAGAAAACAGUGUAAAAGAGUAAUACCAAGAGAAGAAAAAGGACUCAGAGAGCCAUUCCCUACUCCAUGUGGAUGACGGCUGUAGCAAGGGACAAAAAAAAUGGAGGUAAUUAACAGUUCUAUAGCAGAGACUUCUUAGAAGCAUAAAACCCUGUCCCAAUGACGUCAAAUUCGCCCGUUGGUUUAGAAGGCUCAGACCUGUCUUCCAUCAACACCAUGAUGUCAGCAGUAAUGAGUGUAUCGAAUAUCACUGAGAAUGGUGGGAGCCCCCAGGGUAUCAAGUCCCCCAUGAAGUCUCCAGGACCAAAUCGGAUUGGCAGAAGGAACCAGGAAACUAAAGAGGAGAAGUCUUCCUACAACUGUCCCCUGUGUGAGAAGGUCUGCACCACCCAACACCAGCUGACCAUGCACAUCCGACAGCACAACACAGACACGGGAGGAGCUGAUCACUCAUGCAGCAUCUGUGGAAAGUCGCUGAGCUCUGCCAGCUCCCUGGACCGUCACAUGCUGGUGCACUCUGGUGAAAGGCCUUACAAGUGUACAGUGUGUGGUCAGUCUUUCACCACCAAUGGGAACAUGCACAGACAUAUGAAGAUUCAUGAGAAGGACACCAACAGUACUACAGCUGCAGCCCCUCCAUCCCCUCUGAAGCGUAGGCGCUUGUCCUCCAAAAGGAAACUGAGUCAUGAUGCCGAGUCAGAGAGAGAAGACUCAGCACCAGCUAAAAAGAUGGUAGAAGAUGGGCAGUCGGGUGAUUUGGAGAAGAUGACCAACGAAAUCUUUCACUGUCCAGUGUGUUUCAAAGAGUUUGUUUGCAAGUAUGGACUGGAGACCCACAUGGAGACCCAUUCAGAUAACCCUUUAAGAUGUGACAUUUGCUGUGUUACCUUCCGCACACAUCGAGGACUGCUGCGCCACAAUGCACUUGUCCACAAGCAGCUUCCCAGAGAUGCUAUGGGGAGACCUUUCAUCCAGAACAAUCCUUCAAUUCCCGCUGGCUUCCAUGACUUAGGAUUUACUGACUUCUCCUGUAGGAAGUUUCCUCGAAUAUCUCAGGCCUGGUGUGAAACAAACCUACGAAGGUGCAUCAGCGAGCAGCACCGGUUCGUGUGCGACACCUGCGACAAGGCGUUCCCCAUGCUGUCCUCACUCAUCCUGCACAGGCAGACCCACAUCCCUGCUGACCAGGGACGGGAGAAUCUCCAGGCCAAGACCCUGACUGAUGAUACCCUGGACCAGAAGGCCUUCCUGGCCUUGCUGGGCCUGCAGCACACCAAAGACAUCAGGCCUACACCUGCCGAGGAGCCCCUGCCGGAUGACAACCAAGCAAUACAGCUCCAGACACUCAAGCGUCAGCUACCUCAGGACCCUGGCCGCCCCACUGUGCUGAGUCUGUCUUCUUUUGAAGCUGCUUCUCUAGGUGGUUCUCUGGCAGUCCUCCCAGCUACCAAGGAGAACAUGAAGCAUCUGUCCCUGCAGCCCUUCCAAAAGGGCUUCAUCAUCCAGCCGGACAGCAGCAUUGUAGUUAAGCCUAUUUCAGGAGAGUCGGCCAUUGAGCUGGCAGAUAUCCAACAGAUUCUAAAGAUGGCAGCUUCAGCUCCUCCACAAAUCAGUCUUCCGCCACUUUCCAAGGCUCCUGCCACCCCCCUUCAGGCGAUUUUCAAGCACAUGCCUCCUUUGAAGCCAAAGCCCUUGGUCACACCCCGGACAGUGGUAGCCACGUCUACACCCCCACCCCUCAUCAGUGCACAACAGGCAUCCCCUGGGUGUAUCAGCCCCAGCCUUCCUCCACAGUCCCUGAAGUUCCUCAAGGGGCCAGUCGAGGUAGCCUCUACUGCCCACCUGCUGCAGCCCAACUCUGUGGUCCAGCCAAACACCACCACACAGCUCUUCCUGCAGCAGCCUGGAGUGGAGUUGCCAGGCCAGCCAGAGAUGAAGACGCAGCUGGAGCAGGACAGCAUCAUUGAGGCCCUGCUGCCCCUCAACAUGGAGGCGAAGAUCAAGCAGGAGAUAACGGAGGGUGACCUAAAGGCCAUCAUGACAGGCCCCGGUGGCAAGAAGACCCCCGCCAUGCGCAAGGUGCUCUAUCCCUGCCGCUUUUGCAACCAGGUGUUUGCUUUCUCUGGGGUUCUACGAGCCCAUGUUCGCUCCCACCUGGGCAUCUCACCCUACCAGUGCAACAUCUGUGACUACAUCGCUGCAGACAAAGCUGCUCUUAUCCGUCACCUUCGUACCCACAGCGGGGAGCGACCUUACAUCUGUAAGAUCUGCCACUACCCGUUCACAGUCAAAGCCAACUGUGAGCGGCACCUACGCAAGAAGCACCUCAAGGCCACCAGAAAGGACAUCGAAAAGAACAUAGAAUAUGUGAGCAGCAGCACGGCCGAGCUGGUGGAUGCCUUCUGCUCCCCAGAGACUGUGUGCAGGCUGUGUGGGGAAGAUCUGAAGCACUACCGUGCACUGCGCAUUCACAUGCGCACACAUUGCAGCCGAGGCCUGGGUGGCUGCCACAAAGGCCGCAAACCCUUCGAGUGCAAGGAAUGCAAUGCUGCCUUUGUGACCAAGCGCAACUGCAUCCACCACAUCCUUAAGCAGCACCUGCACGUGCCCGAGCGUGACAUCGAGAGCUAUGUGCUUGCAACUGAUGGUGGCCUUGGCCUUACAGACACGCCCCCAGAGGCCUCUGCCAGGGGAGAGGAGGGCAGCUGCGUCACUUUGGGGGAAUGCAAGCCCCUCGCCACUUUCCUGGAGCCUCAAAAUGGCUUUCUUCACGUGAGCCCCACCCAGCCCCUGCCUUCCCACAUCUCUGUCAAGUUGGAGCCAGCCAGCAGCUUUGCAGUGGACUUCAACGAACCCCUGGACUUUUCGCAGAAAGGCCUGUCACUGGUCCAAGUGAAGCAGGAAAAUAUGUCCUCCUUGCUGAACUCUUCCUCCUCUGCCCUCUAUGACUGUUCCAUGGAGCCCAUUGACCUGUCUAUCCCCAAGAGUAUAAAGAAAGGAGACAAAGACACAGUUGUACCCAAUGAUGCCAAGCAACCGGAACCGGAAGCUGGGAAAGCUGAGCAGCUCUCUCCCUGUCCACCACCCUGCCCUACUUUGUCAGUGACUGUGGAGCCCAGAGGGAGCCUGGAAAACCCUGCAGGCACUGUGGUGGCCGUCACCACAGUUGCCAAUCUGGAACCCCCCACACAGUCCCUCCAGGGUUCUGUGCAGCUGGCUGUCCCCAUCUAUUCCUCAGCACUCAUCAGCAAUCCUGCCCUCUUGGGCAACUCUGCUCUCUUGAACAACCCAGCCUUGCUUAGGCCCUUACGUCCAAAGCCUCCCCUCCUCUUGCCAAAGCCCCCCAUGACAGAGGAACUGCCGCCACUGGCCUCCAUUGCCCAGAUCAUCUCGUCUGUGUCCUCGGCCCCUACUCUGCUGAAAACGAAGGUAGCUGACCCUGAGCCACCAAUCACCAGCAGUAACACUGUGGCCACAGAUAGCUUAGGAAGCUCCAUCCCCAAAGCUGCCAUCACCCCCACUGACAUCACAAGCUCUAAAGAAUCCAGCGACCCACCCGCUACGGCCAGUAGCCCAGAGGAAGCUUUGCCUACUGAGCAAGGGCCAGCUGGCUCGUCCAGGAAGAGGGGUAGGAAAAGGGCAGUGAGAAAUCGGCCCCUCACCAACAGCAGUGGUGUGGACCUGGACUCCAGUGGGGAGUUUGCUAGCAUUGAGAAGAUGCUGGCUACCACAGAUACCAACAAGUUCAGUCCAUUUCUGCAGACUGCAGAGGAUGACACUCAGGAGGAGGUGGCUGGAGCCCCUGCAGACCACCAUGGGCCCAGUGAUGAGGAGCAAGGUAGCCCUGCAGAAGACAGGAUGCUGAGAGCAAAGCGGAACUCAUACUCUAACUGCCUACAGAAGAUCAACUGUCCACACUGUCCCCGGGUCUUCCCUUGGGCCAGCUCCCUCCAGAGGCACAUGCUUACACACACUGGUCAGAAACCCUUCCCUUGUCAAAAAUGCGACGCCUUCUUUUCUACCAAAUCUAACUGUGAACGCCACCAGUUGCGCAAACACGGAGUUACCACCUGCUCCCUGAGAAGAAACGGGCUUAUUCCCCCAAAAGAGGGUGAUGUUGGAUCCCAUGAUAGCACAGACAGCCAGUCAGACACCGACACAUUGGCCACCCCAGGUGAGGUGCUGGAUCUCACAGCACGGGAUAAGGAGCAGCCACCAUCAGAGGGAGCCGUGGAGCUCAGCCCAGCUACACAGGACCUUACUGUUAAAGAGGCCAAAGCAGAGGCAGCAGCGCCGCCUGAGAAGGAGGACAGAGAAAAAGGGACGGAGGAGGACCCAGAGCCAGAGGAAGAAUGUGGCGUGGAAGAGAACACCAGGGAUGCAGAUGCCCCAGAGGAAGACACAGCCAGCAACCAGAGCCUGGAUCUUGACUUUGCCAGCAAGCUGAUGGACUUCAAGCUGGCAGAGAGUGAGGCAAGCACUGUGGACAGCCAAGGCACAGCCCAGCAGGAGCAGAAGUAUAGCUGCAGUACCUGUGGAAAGAGCUUCAAGUUCCUGGGCACCCUAAGUCGCCACAGGAAAGCACACAGCUGCCAGGAGCAGAAGGAGGAGAAGGAGGCCCCUUCGCUGGAGAGUGAGAGCGCUGGCAGAGCAGGUGAGGGGCCCUCACCUUCCCCUGAGCCUGAGGAGAAGCCUGCCGAAUCCCCAGCGAUAGAUCCAACACCAGGAACCAGGGAGGCUUCAGUGGAGAAACAGAAUGAAGAAACAGAGGGUCCCUCUGAUGGCGAAGGCACAGCUGAAAAGAGCAGUGACAGUGACAAGAGACCAAAGACAGACUCCCCCAGAAGCGUGGCCAGUAAGGCGGACAAGAGGAAGAAGGUCUGCAGCGUGUGCAGCAAGCGCUUCUGGUCCCUGCAGGACCUCACCCGGCACAUGAGGUCGCACACAGGAGAAAGGCCAUACAAGUGUCAGACCUGUGAGCGAACCUUCACCUUAAAGCACAGCCUAGUUCGACACCAGAGGAUCCACCAGAAAGCAAGGCACAGCAAGCACCAUGGGAAAGACAGCGACAAGGACGAGCGGGCCGAGGAGGACAGCGAGGAUGAGUCCACCCAUAGUGCUAACAACCCUGUCUCAGAGAAUGAGGCUGAAUCCGCUCCUAGCACCAGCAACCAUGUGGCCAUCACCAGGAGCCGGAGAGAGAGCUUGGCCAGUUCUGGGAAGGAUUGUAGCCGGGAGGAGAAGGCUGCAGCGGAGCAGGCAGCUGAGCCCAGCCACAGUGCUCCCAAGGAGCAGGUGUCUCCGGGUGACACAGACCCCCAGAGCCCUGCAGCCAUUGUGCAAGACUUGCUGGAGCUGUGCAGCAAGAGGCCUGCCCCUAUCCUAGCGGCCACCGACAGUGCCUCGCAGCUCUUGGGGAUGGAGUGACAGCCUUCCCCAUCCCCGUCAGCACACCGAGAAAGCUAGCAGAGCAUCCCAAGGUUUCACAAGGUUUUCUCAGUGUCCUUCAGCUGUCUGCAGAGAGGAAAGAGAGGGCAAAAGAGAGACCAGCAGGUACGCGGCCAAGCAGCUCUCGCCAUAGCCUUACCUUGUGCGCAAGCACCCGGCCCCAGUGUGGCCGGCUCCAGUGCCUUAACUACUUAUGGGUUCUCCCAUGUUAUUGUGGGUGUGCCCCCCACCCCCCAAAAAUGACAUUUUAACAAAGCAAACAUUUUAAUGAAUUUUUUUCAGAGGACCUCUUCAUUUAAGCAUUAACAUUACCUUUUGUAUUGGUGUGUUUGAGCUUGUUCUUGUGAAUCUGUGAUAGUACUGUUUGUUCUGUGAGCUGGAAGCAGAAGAAGAAAACCUUUCCCUUGGAUCCCUGUAGCCAAUAACUGGAAGAAAAUGAUGUGAAUUUCAUGUACAUGACCAGAGGGAAGAGGGUGCGAGGCUGAUCUCUAAGCUAGACCUUUCCUGUCGGCCUGUCCUGGUGGAGGAGCUGUGAUCCGGCCUUUGUUGUUAGUGGUUGUGGUCAGUGCAGGGUCCCGGUGUGGUGUGGCCAAAGCCAGGAAAGAGACUAGCUUCAACCUCAUGUUUCCACUCUCUCCGAGUUAGCAAUGGUUACUGUUCAAAUUCUUCAUUUACAGAGUGACCUCCCCAGUAUGGUGACCUAUGGAGGACGUGCCUGGAUGUCAUAUACUGAUAUUCCCCUCUCCCCAUUCAGUAUAUGUUAUUAAUAUUAUUAAUAUUAUUAUUAUUAUUAGUUCAUCAGUUUGCUGGGCUCUGCAUUCAGCAGAAACAAAUGGGCAAUAUUUGUCCUGGGAGACCUGCGCAGCUGCCUGGUCCCCAUAACGAACGUGUGCCUGAAGCUUUCGUUGGUACACCAGUGAUGGCUCUUCUACUGUACUCAGACAAGCCUUUCUUCCGUGACUGUAGAAUCCAGCAGGGGCCUGGAGUGCUCCUCCAAGCAUGGCCAAGGAGUGGCUCAGAGGGCAGAGCCAAGGAUGCAGCAGGAGGGGUGGGGAGCAGGCAUCCGAGACACCAGGCCACACCCAGGCCACCUCAGAGCUGGCUUGCAAGGCAUCCCAGUCUUCCUGCUAAGCCGGGCCCAAGUGUCCCCCCAGCUGCGCUACUGUCAUUUGAAAAGCAAUGCGAUACUACUGCCGGUGUAGGGUGUAGACCCAACUGCUAGUGCAAGGUUUUGGGAGAGGGGGCAUCUUCACCUUCCCGCAGGGGGGGCUGCCGCUUGGAGACAGAAGUGUGUUCAGUUCCCUAACUGGCCUAAGACCCUGCAGCGCAGAGGCAGGGUUCCUUUCAUUCCUGAGUGUUCUCUACAGGGAGUAGACUUCCCUCGUCGGCAGAGAAGCCUUCUACUGUAGCUGCGCACUUCAGCUCAGCACCCUGCCCUUUAGCGGAUGCCCGAGGACGCCUGAGCCACACUGCUACUAGAGCCCCUGCGCUCGUCCCCGGCCUGCACAGCCGCAGGACUUCCCCAGGGGGGCUUCCUCUGCUCCACUUUUUCCCCUGCCCUGGGGCUCCAUUUGCUCCUCUGCUGAGACGUGCGUACCCUCUUGUCCACCAGUUUCUAGUGGCUAAAAUCCAACCACCCUGACUUCAAUGGAAGAUAGAUAUUCUAGAGAAAAUGAAAAGUGAUAUAUUUACAUAUGAAAGAAAAUUUUGAGGUAUAUAUGUAUUAACUGUAUUAGGGAUGUAUGAACCAAUUUAAAAUUGAGAUUUUUAUUUACUAUAGAGAGAGAAAUCAGAACCAAUGACCCAUUGGUUAAAGCCAGCUCUUACAUCCCUUAGUUGUUUUUUUUUAUUAUUAUUAUUAUUACAAUUGUUAUUGUUAUUUUGUUGUUAUUAUUUGGGGUUUCUUGUGUUUUGUUUUCCUUUGCAGCUCUCCACACUAAACUCAUGAUAUUGUGGGGAGAAGCCAUGACUGAACUCUGCACGGCAGUAAGAUGUAGCAGGGAUUGGCUCCCAGCAGCGGCCACAGCCAGGGCUGCAACUGGUGAUAAUCACUAUUGAUUUAAAGCUUUAUACAGUCUGGCCUGUUCCUUCGUAGUCGAUAAGGUCUUGCCACAUUUUAUUAGUGAGAUUGAGAGGUGUGUUAUUUGUCGUCCUCCCGCCUUCCUCCCCCAAUAUUAAACUGUGAAAUUCGUGAUUUGUUUAAACGCUGGGUGAAUCAUAGUGUAGUUUGCAUGUCCAGCUAAUUUGUUUCUAUACAUUUUGUUUGAUUCUCUUUCUCCUCAGGGCUUUUACAGAUAUAUAUAUAUAUAUAUAUAUAUAUAUUAUAAAUGUGUAUAUAUAUAUGGAUCUUCUGAAAAAAAAAUUUGAGGUGCAGAUUUUCUUUUUGUGUUGUUUUGUUUUUGUUGUUUUGUUUUUCUCUUUAAUGGACACAAUGCUGAGAUUCAAUCACUACAUAAAAUACCUGGCUGUGAAAACAACAAAAAGGGCCCAUGGGGCUGUUCUCCAAGCAGCUCUAGGGAAGCUCCGUGGAUGCCGGUUUCGGACAGAUCAUCUUGCGUUCCUCUCUGUCCUCUCCUCUCCUUCUUCUAGAAGAAAGUUGAUCCUGAUGAUUUCAGCCCAUUGCAUUAAACAGGAAACAAUAAUAACUGUGUAAAAUUCAUAUUUUUCUAAAGGGAACUUAAAAAACUGCUGCUACGUGUCAUGUACAAAACUGGUUUAUGCCACAUGAACAGAAUCACAAGUUUGGUUUUGGUACUUUUUGUUUCUCUUUGUACUCAGUUGUAUAGAACUUCCAAAUUCAGAAUGAAAAGAAAGCUGUUCUGUAUCAAACCAUCUAAGCAAUAAAUGUUAUAUUUAAAAAACGG